AGCGAAAAUGCGCCAUUCCGCGGCGCGCUACGUCACGCGCACCCGUGUCGAACUGCAUCGCGUUAGAGAACGUCAUCAAAACAAAUAAAACAAAACCAGACUCCCAGUCUUAAAAUAACGCGGUGCCUCUAAAAAUUUACGCCGGAAUCAAUCAAUAUUAGACCAUCUUCCUUUAACAGAUAUAUGGACAAGUCUUCCUAAGAAACUGUUUUCGUUUCGCAAUUUUAAAUUUUUGUGUUCCAUCUCGGUGCAACGGUAUUGGUGACCUACUUGUGUGCAGUGUGACGUCAUUAGUGGAUUUGUUUUCCUUUUUCGAAAAGUGGUUUUUCUUCUUUUUGGAAAAUGUGAGUUGUUUUGUUGGUUGGCAGUAUGCCAGAACCAACAAACAAUAAUAAACAAGGAAUCGGAAUAAACUGAAAUGCUAUGAAAAUCACAACCCUGGCGGGGACGAGGACUCUGCCCGCGGAACCACCGCGUUCCACCGCCUAUUAUUACGCUGACCUCGAGCGCUUGAAGAAGAAGGAUCAAGACCUACCGGAAACCCAGCAGAACCCUGGGGAACUUGGGGAAUACUUGGAAUCCAACGAAGUUGUCAACGAUGGGGCUGUCAGAGAAGUGCCCCCUUUCAGGGAUAGAAGGCAAUGGAGUCUACCUGAGUAUUCCACUCCAGAGAACUCCAGGAAAGGUCCAGAAGAGACUUAUUCUACUGCUGGGACGUUCCCGAUGCCUGAGCAGAAGGAGAAGGAGCCGUUAUUAGCGGAAUUGGAAGUUGUCGGAAGGCUGCCGUUAACGCAGUUGGAGUCGACGAGCGGAGUCAGAAGGAGUAGGAGCUGGUACUUGUGCUGUCCGAACGUGGGAGAUGAGGAGAUCUCGAGGGAGUCCUCGUGGAGGUAUUCCAGUUUGAGGCCCGUGACGGCUCCACCCUUGCCCGGGCAGAAUGGAUUCGCUACCAUGGUCGCAUCAAACACCAGCGGAGAAGACAUUAACAGUCUUCGGGCGGAACGCGACUCUUUAGCCAGAACUCUGGCGGCUGAGAGGCAGAGGGCGGCGGCGGCGGCCAGGGCUCACGACGCGAGAUUGGCUGAGCUGCAUGGAGUGAUAGCCGAGUUGGUGAGACGACGGGCGCAAGACAAUCAGUCUAGAGCUAUACCAGAAGAAGAGGUGUCAGAUGAAUGCGAGUCUACGACGCAGCCGGCCGGUGAGGUGGAUAUCGACGCUGACCGCUCCCGGACUGAACAGAAUUCCUCCGUGCUGAGCGGCGAGCGAGAGAAGGAGACGCCAGAUGAGGGACAGAGGCUGCCGUGUGUGGAGGUGUCCCCGGCCGGAGACUGCGACACGAGUCUUGACCUCUCCGAGAGGGACUCGGACGUGUGUCUCAGCACGGCCAGGUGCUGCGAGUUCGCCCGCGUGAGCGACAGCAGCUGCGACCGCGACCACGACGCGGCGUGCGCGCCCUCGCCGGGUCGAUGCGAGUUCAGACAAGCGAAAUUAGCGUCUAGGGUGAGGCUGAGACGAACCACUGGCGUGGUGGAUGCUGACGAAUCAGAUGUUACCAGUGAUGAGGCGUGGUGCGAGGAAGCGGAGCGUUUAGCGUUGGACGUGUGUGCGCAGGCGGACCUGAGAGAGGCGGCCGUAGCGGCCGGGAACGAUGAUGAGUGGUCACCCCGACAUGGAGUACGACGCACGCACUGCGCGCGGCUGCACGCGGACCGGCGCGUGCUGCAGCGCGCGCUGCGGCACGCCGCCGACACCGCGCACAGAUUAUACAGCGCAUGCGCAGUGCACGAGUCCCGGCUGACGUGUGUGUGCAGCGCCCUCAAAGCGUCCGACAGAGCGCUGGAAGCUUACGAUGUGCUGCUCGCGUUGGCUGAGACUAGGGAAGGACAGCCCGAGCGCGCCGCGGCCGAGCUGGUGGGGCGGCAGCUGCUGUCGCGGCUGGAGAACUCCCGCGCCGCGCUCGGGGAGCCGCUGCUGUCGCCGGGGCCCUGGGCGCAGCACACACAGUAUGUCGCGGCGGGCGAGGACGCGUGGUCCGCGGCGGCGGAGCGGCGGCUGCGCGCCGCGGCGGCCGCGCUCAAGGCGGAGUCCGUCGCGCUCCGCCGCCGCCAGCCGGCGCCCGGCUUCUACUCGCACCACGAAAUAGAUAUGACCGACAUCCCGAAACCGGAAGGUGCAUUCGAUAUGGCGGACAUGGAGGCGGCUGUCAUGAUGCAGGAGGUGCUCACCGCUCGCGAGGCCAAAGCGAUCGCGCUCGCGCGCAACGAACGCGCUCGCGAACACCGCGCCGAACAUGCUCGCGAACACAUUGAACAAAAGAGUGAAUCGUCUCGCCGGAGCAAACGUAAACCCCGUACUCAUUGGCUCCAUACUCAGCCCAGCGAGACACAGCUGUGAUGUCCCGAACCCGACAGACCUAUAUCUCGAAAAUAAUGCGCGCAUCACUUAUGUUUACAUGCGAAAUUUGUAACGACAUCAACAUUCACGUAACUACUUUCGUGACACUAGUGUCGUAAUGAAAAUUAGACUAAAAUUGCGUGUUUAUUGGAGUGUUACAUAUCGAGAAGAGACGUCAAAGUUAUAUUCACACUCCAUAUUAGGAUAGUUCUUUGCGUCCUUUCCUUUCCUGUGCUUUCGUCAUUACGAUACGACAAUUUUCUUGAGAAUGGAAUCAUUUCCAAAAUCAAUCAUUCCCGAAAUUGACAUUACCACAGUACAGAUUAAUGAUUAUAAAUUGGAUCUAGUUGUUAAAAUUUGGAAAAACUAAUUGUUGUCAUAAUUAAAAUGUGAAAAAUUGAAGUGACAGAGCGCCGGCAGCGGCCGAAUCGCUCUGAGAAACACUCAUUUACGUUGGGAGCUGUAAUUUUUUGAAAACAAAAUUAAUUAAAACAGAUUAUAUAGUUUGUGACAACCCUGAUUGCAUUAUCGCCGCUGGCGGCUGUUCCUCGCCUUUAACAAGGCUUUUACUGACCCCCGGCAAUGGGCCCUCGUGAUGGGUCAUGGCCCGUACUCCUUGUCCAUCCGUAAGGAAGGCAUGCCCUGGCAGUGGGUCUAUUAAAAUGGCUGAUGAUAAUUAUGAAGGCCAUAAUCGUAUGAAUCUCAUUAAACUGUGCUUAUAACAUGGAAUUAAUAUGAGAAUAUUAUACACAUAAAAAGAGAUAUAUUUUCAUUCAUAUGUCACUAUGACCUCUCAAAAUAGAAUCUUUUGUCGUUAUUGAACAAAAUUAAUAAUGUUGCCAUAAUAUCACAAACACUUAUAAUAGUUAAAUAUAUGUCAAGAAAGUGACGAAAAUAAAGGAGGUCCUGUCUCCUGUCGGCUGGCAACACUCGGUGCUUAUCAACCAGUCUUCUGGUGUUGUCAUAGCAAAAACAGUAGUUCGUCUUUAAUUAGUUUUCUUCACUUUCUUGACAGAUUUGUGAAAUAUAUAUAUAUUUUAUUUUUAAAUUGAGUCAUGUGUGUAUGAUUGUAAAAAUGUAAUAUUAAAUUAUGUGUGCUAAAUUAAUAUUACGAAUAAUAAUUACUCAAUAAUAAUUAAUAGUAAUGAGGAUAGUACAAACUUAUAUAUAAUAUGGAGAAUUGACAUAUUAUAAAAUGAAGUCGCUAUGUCGUGUCUGUAUGUAUGAACGCGAUAAACUAUGAUAUCACGCCAGAUUUAAAUGAUAUGACAUUUGACGUUGACAGGUCUUCCGCAGACAUUGGUUCGUCCACCAUGUUCGGCAGCGGGUGGUUUGUUUACUGAUCUAAGGAAACUAAAGCGUCUGUCUGUCUGUUCGCGAUAAACACAAACUACUGCACGCAUUUUCAUACGGUUCUCACCAAUAGAUAGUAUGAUUCCUGAAAGGUUAAAAUAUAUAAUUCAUUGUGUUUUUAACCGAGCGAAGCCGGCACGGGCCGCUAGUAUUACAUAAUAUUCAUACAUUCAUACAUAAUGUCAUUGAAAUAUGUUUAUAGUUUUAAGAAGAGAAUCUAAUAUGUAUAGGGAUACCAAAACAUAUGUAAAAAUAGUAUAGAAAUUAUAUGAAAUUGAACCGACCGUGGUGUCAGCUGUGUAGUGUCAGGACUACAAAUAAAUAACUAGAAUAAAAUGUGCGGAUUUUAAAAUCUAAUUCUAACUUAAAUCGAUGUUUAGAAUAAAGUAAUGCAUGAACUAAACACUAAAUUACUAUUUGUUUUUUUUUGUAAUAGUAGUUAAAUACAUUUAUUUAUUGUUUUUGUUUUUUUUAUUAUUUCCAUAAUUCGUGCCCUGCUCAUUAGCAAAACGGUCUUUCAUUAUGCAGAAAUAAACAUUUUCAAUGGAAUAAAAAUAAUUCUAUUAUAUUAAAUAAUAUAUAUGCAGUGUUGUCUGUCCUUGGCACGGUGCAAAACGCUUGUCUGAAGAGAGUGAGCCUCCCGCAUUGUGAUACGAGGCAUUUAUCGAGUGUUGAAUAAUUAAUUGUCAAUUGUUAUGCUUAGAUCAAAAUCGUAAGUGCGUGCUUUGGCCUAAAUUACUAGAAUCAUCUCUAGUUUUUCAAUGGACGAGACAAAGGAAUAAUUUUGUACUUAAAUCUUUCUUUCAUAAUUAUAGAAAUGAUAAUAUGUGAGUGAGACGUGAUUCAUUCCUCGGAUGUAAUUUAAGAGGUAUAUGUUGCACUGGUUAUUGUAACAGAAAGGUAUGCUUUAUUGGUUUAGGACUAAGAUAUUGUUUGAAAAAUCGCCAUAUUGAAGCUAAACUAGUGGCUAGCUAUUUGACGCUGUAAAUCAAAAAUGCCUUAAUUAAUAUUGGUUUAUGCAUGUUUAUGAUAUGAGAAGUUCUAGCAUAGGCGCUGCGAUUUUAGUGUUAAAUAAAAUUGUAAUAAAUAUAGAGUUACUGUAAGAAAACACUCCUGGAGUGUACAAUUAAAAUUGCGCUCAGCGUUUUCUGGUUACACGCCAGGAGUGAUUUCUCGCUGAUGAGUUUGAAAAUGACCCAGUGAUUUGUAAAUGUGUAUAUGUGUACAGAGGGCGGGGGGCAUUGGUGCUGACGCAACUAACGAAUAAAAUUAAUGUUAUCUACAAA